AUGGACAAGCAGGGCUGGCACAGUUCGGCUCAGCACGACCUGGUCCAGGAGGGGCUGCUGUGCCCCUUGGGGGAAACUGAGGCAGGGGAAGGAGGUGGCGGGCAGCAGCUGGGGGUGGUGGGAGUGGAUCGGCGCUGGUUCUCGGGGGAGCCUACAGCACAGCUGGCCCGGAAAGCUCUGCCCUGCCAGCAACACCCGCGGCCCCCUGGCUGCCUGCAGGGUGGGCAGGCGCAGCGCCACAGCCAGGAGGGUCGCUGGUACAUGCAGCCCCUUACCUACCGCCUGGAGGGCCAGCCUGAGGCCGAGCACCUCCUCCGAGCCACCGUGGUCUACCUGCCUAGCCUGCCACUGGCCCAUGGUCGCCUCCUUUGCGCCCUGGAGCUGGUGGCCACUGGUGAGGCACCCGGGAUGCUGCUCAGCCCUGCCGCCCUCCCCCGCCAUGGCUGGGCCGAAGCAGAUGUCACCCCUUACCUGGUGCCGGGGAAUGGCAGUGCGGGGAGCCUGGCACUGCGGCAUGUCUGUGUGCGUGCCGGCCGGGCAGGGGGCCACAAUGCCCCAGUGACCCCCAGCCCCCCCUUCCUCCUCCUCUACCUCAAUGACACCCAGGCUGGGCUGGCACCUCUGGCAGCAGAGCCCCACCGGCACCGGCGUGACACAGGGACAUUGGCCCAUGACCUGCCUGGCUACUUGCGGGAGCAGGGAGGGGAGAAGAGCGACUGCUCCCUGCACCCCUUCCCUGUCAGCUUCGCCCAGCUGGGCUGGGACCACUGGAUCAUUGCUCCCCACCGCUACAACCCACGCUACUGCAAGGGCGCUUGUCCCCGCCUGCUCCGCUACGACUACCACGCGCCCAACCACGCCGUGGUGCAGAGCUUCGUCCAUCAGCUGGUGGAUGCCAACGUGCCCCGACCCUCCUGUGUCCCCUACCGCUACAGCCCCAUCAGCGUCCUCAUGAUAGAGCGCGACGGCGGCAUCCUCUACAAGGAAUACGAGAACAUGAUCGCAGAGUCCUGCACCUGCCGGUAA